AAAACAAAUAGUAAACAAUACAACUUCCAGUUCAGCUGUUUUGUGUUGUUUCCACCAGAUUUUCAGGGAAAAAUCGCACGAAAAGUUAAUAUUUCCUUCUUAAAAGAUGGAUGUAAUGUCGCCGCAGCUUAUGUGGAUCGGUACACGGUGUUAUCGCGUGAAUCACACCAAAGCAACCGGACGAGAACAGGAAUCGUUCGAUGGGCCGCAGGGUUACGUUGAGGAAGACCUGUACGGCGAGGACGACCGGGAAGAGGACUACGAUAUCGUGCUGACCGAUAAUGGCAAACACCAAACAUCUUUCCACGUGCCUGCUGCCUUCUAUGCGAUGAUCAUCGGUGCGAAAGGACAAACCCGCCAACGGUUGGAAGCCGAAACGAAGGCACAGAUCCGUGUGCCGAAGCAGGGAACGACGGGAGAUAUUGUCGUUUCGGGCAGUACGAGAAAGUCGGUAGCCGCAGCACGAUCCCGCAUCGAACUGAUCGUGAUAGGGGCACGCAACAAGCAACAGUUCACCCACUUCCUGUCCGUGCCGCUGAACGUGCCGGAUGUGAUGAAGCGUUUCGCCGAAUUUCGCCACAAAGUCGUCCGAAAGCUGCCGGUCGCGUUCAGCGUAGACGAAUCGUUGUUUCAGCAGCCGGAAAAACUGCACAUAACGCUCUGCACGAUGGCCCUGAUGGACAAUGAGGAUCGUGCGAAUGCGGCCCAAAUAUUGCUCGACUGCCAGGAAUCGAUCAUCAGUCCACUGCUUCAGGAGAACGGUCCGUUAGAGAUACGAGUGCGAGGGCUCGAGUACAUGAACGACGAUCCGCACGCGGUGGAUGUGCUAUACGCGAAAAUCGAAUCACCGGUCCUGCAGACGGCAGCGGACCAGAUCUACGACUACUUCAUAGCGAAGGGACUGAUGCAGAAGAAGUACGAGCACGUGAAGCUGCACGCCACCCUGAUCAAUUCGCUUUUCCGCGCAUCGCAGAGCGAAAUCGUCGACGAGAAGGCGGCCGAACGGAAGCGCAUUACGUUCGAUGCGAGCGAAAUAAUGCGACUGUACGGGGAUUACGAUUUUGGCAGCCUGGUGCUGAAUGAAAUUCAUCUUUCUCAACGAUUUUCCACAUCCUGCACGGGGUAUUACGAAGCAACGGCUGUUAUGAAGCUGUGAGGGGAAGGAAAUAAAUGAUCGUGCUAAGCAAAGGAACGAUUUAAAUGCAAAAA